AUGGCCAACCUUCUUGAUCUUCCGGUUGAGAUCUUCCAGAUGAUCACCCACGAACUAGUCAGCAGCGCGGUGGGCGGCGUCAACCGUUCUGCCAAAGGCCGCCAGAUUGAAGGUGUCUGGAGGCUGCGAUAUGUUUGCCGUACCUUUGCUGCAGAGAUCGAGCGCAACGUUUUCUCCCAGCAGCCAAAAGCGGUAUACUACAACAACUACUACUUUGAGCGCCUUGUCCUUAAGAGUCUGCCCCGAUACAUCAUGCAAGUCAAGCGAAUACCGGGGAACAUCAACGAAGGCUUCCGCGCACGACUGCAGCGCAUGACGAGCUACAUUCUGCAAGAGCUUGACAUCAAAGAUGAGAAGCAACGCGCAGACAUAAUCGACAAAUUCUACGUUAGCUUGCGCAAGAUCGUUAACGAGUACGGUUUGAGUCAUGCCCUGUGGUGCGAUUGCGGUCCCUCGUGCCUUUUCGUCACUCAAACCCAGGACAGUACCGAGCUAUCCGUCCAAGAUAGGCUUUGCACAUCUCUCAUGGUCGGAGCGCAUGAUGUUCUUGCUGGUGUUCUCCCAGAAGUCAGUGGCGCGGAGAAGGAUCGACUCUUCCGUGAACUGCCUUUUGACAUCGCUCGGAUCCUAGGUGACAUGGAGUCGAUUAAAGUUAUUCUCCGUCAUCUGGAAACACGGCCAUUGUUGGAGCGAACGAUUCUUACGAACUACACCGGAAUGUUUUGCAUACAAGGAAUCAUUAACAAUAUACUGGCUAGCGACAGCGGUACAACUGCUCAGACUCUACUCGACUUCCACAGGAAGAGCCUUUGCUCCCCCGCGAGGCACGACUACAAUAAUUGGGUUCACAACGCCGUCCACGACCGCACAACCAAGUAUUUGCACAACCUAAGGGCCGUCUUGGAUUUCCACCCUGAGGGCAGGACACGGGUCUUGCGCGAGACAAUGCUCACCAUCUGUGCCAGAGGCAGCUCUGAAGAUGUCCAGGAAGCCCUCAAGCGCGUUGAAGAUGUGGACAAGGGAACAGUGUUGAACGCUCCCAUCUUCAUCGCUGUUCGAUCCGGGCGCGUCGCCGCUGUACAGGGCUGCAUUCAGGCAGGCGCUAGUGUGGACCUCGCCGUACGUUCGAACAUUCCGACACUUCACAAAGACACUAUCACCCCCCUUGACGUCGCCAUGAAUCGGAACGAUGACGGCGUCGCAGACGUCCUCAUCAAGGCCGGCGCAACAAUCCCGCAUAUAUCGCAGUGGCCAGGGACUAGGCGCGUGUACAAGGUGUUGCGCAAGGCCGUCUCGGAACGCACUAAGGUCAAGCUGCCGGAUCUGAGGAAGUUCCAACAUAUGAGCCUGGCGGAACGCAAGGAUAUACAGUAUUAG